GUCAUCAAUCACAGUUGUAGUUUCCCAGCCCAGGUAAAGAGUUAAGGUUUUACAUGUUUACUUCCGGGUUCGCCAGCUCUUACGACACAUCCGUCUCAGCCUCCCACGGCCACGUCCGUGCGAGCUCCAGCAACAUGCCUUUCAUCGAGCUACAGAGCAACCUGCCCGCCGGCCAGUUCUCGGAGGCCUUUCUGAAGAGGCUGUGCUCCAGCACCGCGGCGGCUCUGGGGAAACCCGAGGACCGGAUGAACGUGGUGGUGACGCCGGGGCUGCCGAUGCUGAUGGCAGGUUCCACCUCUCCGUGUGUGAUCCUGUCAGUGUCUGCUAUCGGUGUGACUGACACCGCCGAGAAGAACAAGGAGCACAGCGCCAAGAUCUUUGAGUUUCUGACCAAGGAGCUCGAUCUGAGCCAAGACAGGAUUGUGAUUGUGUUCAACGCGCUGGAGCCUCACCAAGUGGGGAAAAAGGGAACCGUCAUGAGCUUCCUGUGAAGGCUCGCCUCCCUGAACGACCGGCUGUACCACAUCAGCACCCGCCCCCUCUGCACAGUCGUUUAAAGGUCACGUGCUUCAUUUUCACACCAUGAUCAUUUCUGCUGUCUGAACCAAACCCAAGCUCUGCGACUGUUACAUUCGCUUGGUUUCUAUACUUGUUACGAAGAAGCGCACAGAGAAAGAGCUCUAAAGUUUGAGUUUUGAUGUAGCAGAGGGCUCCUCUGGAAACAAUGUUACUGUGAUGUGGAUGAAAUAAACACAGUUCACUUA